AUGAGGUGGGACAGGUGUUGGCGCAGUAUCUGGUAUAUGCGUCCAUUUGCAUGGGCAUUGGACCAGCGAGAGUCGGAGUAUUUGUUUGGGGACAGACGAGGGCCGUGGGCUGGCGAGGAGCUGAGCAGGGCAUUGGCAUCCGCUAGCAGGGUGCAUGUGGGUGUACGCUUGACGGUGUCUGCAUGGAGGCAUGUAGCGAUUGGGAUUGCCACGAGGUAUCUGAUGCAGGCAAGCAAGACGUGGGAGAAGGAUCACGAGGAGGCUGAGGACGGGGAGGAUUUUGCAGAGGGGGAUGAUGAUGAGGAGCUGGAGCUGGACACGUCCCGUCACAUCAUGGUCCGUUUGCUAUCAAACUUGGAAAUCUCCUCCUCAAACCUACAAGUCACUAUACAUAUUUUGGCUUAUCACACCAACAACAAGAGCAAUACUACUCAACAAUUGCUACAACCAUCUAUGAUUCAUUACACGUCAUCGCUCCUUAGUUACUGGGCCGAUAUUACCACAUAG